AUGCCGAGGAAAAGACGCGUUUUAUCAUUUCCCCAGACGCUACCACCAUGCGACGGGCCAAAGCUCAAUGUCUUUCAGUAUCACAAAUCGCGCAUUCAAUGGCUUGAGAGACUCGAUGAAGAUGAUGAUGUGACCUCAAGCCAAGGUUAUGUAUUCCGGGCUCUCAUCCGAGGUCGCGAGUACGCAGUAAAAAUUUUCAAGUUCUUUGACCCUAUGAGUACCGCGUACUUUUGGGGGCCACUUCUAGGUGAAGAUACACCUCUUGACACUGCAGCCUACUAUACCGAUCCAUUCUACGCAGAAUGCCGAGCGUAUGGUCAGAUACGCGAAGCUACCGAUGGAAAGAUUCUCAAACCAGAUGUAGCUGUCCCCUGUCAUGGAUUCGUCUUCCUGGAAUCAAAAGACCAGGAAGCCCUAGCGAACCGUAAUAUUGACCUUGGACUGGGUUCCGUGGAUAUGGAUUAUCAAAGGUCCACGAUCGGAGGUCUAAGAGCCAGAGCUAUCGUGAAAGAGAUUGCAUCUUCAAAAAGUGGUAUCACCUCGGCGAGUAUCAGAAAGAUCCUAGGUAAAGUCGUCUCAAUGAACAAAGCAGGGAUAUAUAAUAUGGACAUACGGAUCGAUAACUUCCGCGAUGGACGAGUGGUAGACUUUGGGUCUUCUUGGACAGAGCCUCAUGCUCUGCUGGACUCUUUGAGUUAUGAAGCUGCUACUGAAUCAAAGUUAGCGGAUCGGGUUAUGUUUGACCAGAUGAUUGAAGAUGCAGAGUUGAAGAAUCGUGGGGAGGUCAAAGCGAUCCACCAUAUGCAGCUUAGGUCACAGACCCAAUGGCAAUGAAGAUGGUUUUUAUUCUUAGUGAACAUGCAGGAUACUAAAAGGUAUGUAACCAUACAUGUCACCUGUUAAUUUUGGCUUAUAGCCCUCCUCGUUCUCUACUACUGAAAGGAAGUUGAUACAAACAUGAAGAUUCCUGACACUGGCUAGUUGAGACAUGCUACUUUUCAAGUGCAUCAGCAUUGGCAAUAUCAAGAGUGCCACUGGCAC